AGAGAUCCCCCUCUCUCUCUCCCUCUCUUUCUUUCUCUCGAAGUUUCUCUUUUCUUUUCGCGAAUUCAAAACUGUACGAACAGACAUGAAGUCCAACAGAGGCGCAGAGAGAGAGACUAUCAAGUUUCUUUGUAGCUAUGGCGGAAAGAUCCUCCCUCGCUAUACCGACGGCGAUCUUCGUUACGUCGGCGGCCUUACCCGAGUCCUCGCUGUCGAUCGCUCUAUUUCCUUUGCAGAGUUAAUGUUGAAGCUUUUAGAGUUCUGUGGCAAUUCUGUGACUCUGAGGUGCCAGUUGCCGAACGGAGAUUUGGAAACACUAAUUUCAAUCUCCUCUGACGAAGAUUUGGCGAAUCUCAUUGAAGAGUACGAUCGCGCUUCGUCGGCGAUGUCUCAUCCUCUGAAGAUCAGAGCCGUCCUUUCGACACCUACAUCUCUCAAAAAAAUCUCUCCCCCUCCGUCGAUGACUCCGAGCGUGAAUGUCUCCUCGUCUGGAUCGCCGUUCGUAGCCGUCGAUUCGUUGAAAAACUCGUCAGCCUACCGGUUUGUUCCGCGGACUUGUUCGCCUCCUGUCGGAUAUCCUUCCGGCGCUCGGAAUUGCUCCGGAAAAGCCUACCGCUAUAGCCGCCAUGUCCAGGAUAACCCUAGAGUUUCGUAUCCGUAUUGUGUUCCUCACUGCAAUUACUGGCACUGAGGCCCCUAAAACAAAAACUUAAAUAGUUAAGGAACCUAUACUAGCGAAGAAAAAUAGAUGAUGACGAAGAACUAUAAAAUUAAAAACGAAAAAAAAAAAGGGUGAGAGUGAAUAGCUGAGUUAGGUAUUGUGAUUGAAUAUGAAUUUUGAGGGAUUUGUUAUUUCUAAAAUCCUUAUUGAAUGGGGAUUAUACAUGAAUUUGUGCCUGAGACUUUUUCUGCCCUGGGGUUCCAUAUUCGCUGCAACUUGUUUGUUUGGCACAAAGAUUAGGCCGCUAGGGUUCCGUCAUUCGCCGUUAAUCCCGUGUUCUUUUCUUUUUGUGCCACGUUCUCGUUUUUAACAGACGUGAAUUCCAGUUAGAUGUCGUACUGUGUCAAACUGUGCUCUUGACACGUUCUGGUUUCAGAGUCAGUCGGCUGAGUGGCUUACGCGUGCGAGUUUUUCUGUUGUGUAUAAGAAUUACAUUUCUUUGUUCUUUGAA